AUGCUAGGAUAUGAACAUUUAACGCCAGGCCCCCCGCGAGCGCGCACUGCGGCCCCAACUGUUUAUUGCUAUAUUUGUGGGAGGCAAUUUGGUUCGGCUAGUAUUGGCAUACAUCAACCACAAUGUCUUAAAAAGUGGCAUAUACAAAAUGAAAAAUUGCCCAAAUCUCAGCGUCGACCUGAACCCAAACCUCCAGAGAUUGUGCGAGACAAAGGUUUGAGAAUAAUUUUAAAAAAUAAUUUAUUUCAGGGGGUGCCAUCGACUUCGAAGCCACCAACCAAGCUGCUUACGAUGCAUCCCUAG